AUGGCGCUUUCGGGGAUGAGAGGGUUAUCGGUGUUCAUUAGUGACAUUCGGAAUUGCCAGAACAAAGAGCAGGAGCGCCUUCGUGUUGAUAAAGAGCUAGGCAAUAUUCGCACUCGCUUCAAAAACGAAAAGGGUUUAACACCUUACGAGAAGAAGAAAUAUGUUUGGAAGAUGCUCUACAUUUAUAUGCUAGGUUAUGAUGUUGAUUUUGGUCACAUGGAAGCUGUUUCUUUAAUUUCUGCUCCAAAGUAUCCUGAAAAGCAGGUUGGCUAUAUAGUGACAUCAUGCCUUCUCAAUGAGAAUCAUGAUUUUUUAAGAUUAGCAAUUAACACUGUGCGUAAUGAUAUUAUUGGCCGCAACGAGACUUUUCAAUGUCUUGCUCUGACAUUGGUUGGAAAUAUUGGUGGGAGAGAAUUUGCUGAAUCACUGGCUCCUGAUGUUCAAAAGUUACUUAUUUCUAGUAGUUGCAGACCACUUGUGAGGAAAAAGGCUGCAUUAUGUCUCCUGCGCCUCUAUAGAAAAAAUCCUGAUGUGGUUAAUGUAGAUGGCUGGUCGGACCGGAUGACACAAUUGUUAGAUGAGCGUGAUUUGGGCGUCUUAACCUCUUCUAUGAGCCUUCUAGUUGCUUUAGUGUCCAAUAACCAUGAGGCGUAUUGGAGUUGUCUUCCGAAAUGUGUCAAAAUAUUGGAAAGGCUUGCCAAAAAUCAAGACGUGCCUCAAGAAUACACCUACUAUGGUAUUCCAUCUCCUUGGCUUCAGGUUAAGACAAUGAGGGCUCUUCAGUAUUUUCCAACAGUUGAAGAUCCAAAUACGAGAAGAUCAUUGUUUGAGGUUUUGCAAAGAAUACUAAUGGGAACUGAUGUUGUGAAAAAUGUUAACAAGAAUAAUGCAUCGCAUGCUGUUCUUUUUGAAGCUCUUGCUCUUGUCAUGCAUCUUGAUGCUGAAAAAGAAAUGAUGUCUCAGUGUGUUGCAUUGCUUGGUAAAUUUAUAGCUGUUCGUGAACCCAAUAUUCGAUAUCUUGGGUUGGAGAACAUGACUCGGAUGUUAAUGGUCACAGAUGUGCAGGAUAUCAUCAAAAGGCAUCAAGCUCAGAUUAUCACUUCACUGAAGGAUCCUGAUAUCAGUAUUAGAAGACGUGCUCUUGAUUUGCUCUAUGGCAUGUGUGAUGUUUCAAAUGCAAAGGAUAUAGUAGAAGAAUUGUUACAGUAUCUUAGCUCAGCCGACUUUGCAAUGCGGGAGGAGUUGUCACUUAAAGCCGCUAUUCUCGCAGAAAAGUUUGCCCCUGACUUGUCAUGGUAUGUGGAUGUGAUUCUCCAGUUGAUUGACAAGGCAGGGGAUUUUGUCAGUGAUGACAUUUGGUUCCGUGUGGUGCAGUUUGUUACAAACAAUGAGGAUUUACAGCCUUAUGCAGCUCUGAAAGCCAGAGAGUAUCUUGAUAAGCCUGCUAUUCAUGAGACCAUGGUGAAGGUAAGUGCAUAUAUCCUUGGCGAAUACAGUCAUCUUCUAGCAAGACGUCCAGGGUGCAGUCCAAGGGAAAUUUUCCACAUCAUACAUGAGAAGCUUCCCACUGUUUCGACUUCAACUAUUCCCAUCCUUCUUUCCACGUAUGCAAAGAUUUUAAUGCACAGUCAACCACCUGACCAGGAGCUACGGAAGCAAAUAUUGGCAAUUUUCAACAAGUAUGAAAGUUGUAUUGAUGCUGAAAUACAGCAACGUGCUGUUGAAUAUCAUGCAUUGAGUAUGAAAGGUGCAGCUCUAAUGGAUAUACUUGCUGAAAUGCCAAAGUUCCCCGAGCGACAGUCAUCAUUGAUUAAAAAAGCUGAAGAGUCGGAGGCUGAUACCGCUGAGCAAAGUGCAAUCAAAUUGCGGGCGCAGCAGCACUCCUCUAAUGCUUUGGUUGUAACUGAUCAACGCCCUGCAAAUGGGACACCACCUGUGAGCCAGCUUGGUCUUGUGAAGGUGCCGAACAUGACUAACACGGAUCAGAGCACUGCUGAACAAGAGUUACCACAUCUAAAUGGGGCUCUAACUGUUGUGGAUCCUCAACCUCCCAGCACACCUUCUCCUGAUCUCCUAGGAGAUCUUUUAGGGCCACUGGCUAUUGAAGGCCCAUCAGGUACUGCUCCCCAAUCUGAUCUAGGUGUAGCUUCUGGUCUGGAAGGUGGUGUUGCUGCGGGUGCAUUAGCCAUUGCACCUGUUGAGGAGCAGACAAACACUGUCCAGCCGAUUGGUGAUAUUGCUGAAAGAUUUCAUGCUCUAUGCAUGAAGGACAGUGGUGUGCUUUACGAGGAUCCUUAUAUCCAGAUUGGCAUAAAAGCUGAGUGGCGAGCACAUCAUGGGCGAGUUGUUCUCUUCCUGGGAAAUAAAAAUACUGCCCCACUCUUUUCAGUUCAAGCUUUGAUAUUGCCCCCAUCACAUCUAAAGAUGGACCUCUCAUUAGUACCUGAGACUAUUCCUCCAAGGGCGCAGGUUCAAUGUCCACUUGAAGUAAUCAACCUCAAACCAAGCAGAGAGUUAGCGGUGCUGGACUUCUUAUACAAGUUUGGAACCAAUGUGGUCAAUGUGAAACUUCGCCUUCCUGCUGUCUUGAACAAGUUUCUUCAACCAAUCACAGUUUCUCCUGAAGAGUUUUUCCCACAGUGGAGAUCGCUCUCAGGACCUCCAUUGAAGCUGCAAGAAGUGGUUAGAGGUGUAAGGCCAAUGCCACUUGCAGAAAUGGCCAACUUAUUUAACAGUUUGCACCUGAUGGUUUGCCCUGGGCUUGAUCCCAAUGCAAAUAAUUUGGUCGCGAGCACAACUUUCUACUCUGAAAGCACACGAGCCAUGUUAUGCUUGAUAAGAAUAGAAACAGAUCCAGCCGAUAGAACUCAGUUGCGGAUGACUGUUGCAUCAGGAGAUCCAACACUGACAUUUGAAUUGAAGGAGUUCAUUAAAGAACAACUAGUCUUCAUUCCUGUUCCUCCUCGAGCGGCCGCACCUGCACCUGCACCUGCACCUGUGCCACCUCAGGCUCUACCACCCACCAGUUCACCUACAGCAAUAUCAGAUCCUGGUGCUCUUCUUGCUGGUUUGCUUUGAGUGAUUCUAACUUACGUAAGUUUGUCCGAAACCAUGUAACAGUGUUCAUACAGCAAAGCUACCCAAUAUGUCCAGAUGGUUAGGGUGGCACUGAAAGAUACAACGCGGGGGCUGGCGGCAGUGAAGGGCAAAAUUGUAAUGCAAUCGGCUUAGCAUUAGAGUCAGAAUUCGUUGGAGGUUGUGAAGUUUUGAUAUUCUUUUGCACAACUAGAUUGUGCUCUGGUGAGGUUUCCUCUUUUUCAGGCGAGGGGUCUAUUCUUGUUUUUGGUUAGUCUUCGUUUCUCUUUUUCCUCUUAAUAGUCAGGUUGUACUCAAUUGGUUUCUGUAAUACAAACGAUAUACAAAAAAACCGCACCCUUUGUAACUAAUUCAUUUGUUUGUCAAUGGAUAUGUAUUUUUACUA